UACCAAGUCGUUGUUCCUUUUUUGUACCAUUUCAGUGGUGUUUCAACCGCUUUCACGUGUUAGAAAUAUAUUCCUCGAUGGUGGUGCUCUAAUUCCCCCUGUAAAAUCAUUUUCCUUCUGUGCUUUUUAUUUUUCGGCCUCUACUUUCAAUGAUUUAAUGACUGUAUCUUCAGAAUUCGGAGUGUUAUGCAACAUCCGAGAGUGAUUCGUGUAUUGCAUAACUCUUUUCGACUCUUACGUAAGAGAUUAAAUAAUUUUAAUUGACAGUUUUGUUGUGAAAACACGUAGAUUUUUUAACUUACCAUCGAGUUUACGUGAAACUUUUUAUCGUUUCUGGUCUAACCUGACCGCACAUCUCUUGCGUUUUACGUAAAGCUUUGUUCACAUUUUGAUCACAGUUUGUAGUCCAAGUCACCUUCAAAGGAGCCGAAAAUUCAGCUGUUAAUUUGCUUUCGACGAUUUAAUCGAGAACCCGAAAAACAUAGUUAAAUUUUUGUCACUCGAAUGUAUCAUUUUAAAGUGAAAACUGCAGUUUCCAUUGCCCAGUAACUCUCGCUCUUAAUAAAACCGCGACCACGAAAACAGUGAUAAAAGUUUGUGUUUCAGAUCGAAUUGAUUCCAAUUACUCUCUGAAACUCUACCAAGUUGUGUUAUUAAUUUUAUCCAAAAUUCCUAAAACAAGAAACUUCAGUUUAAUUCAGGCGUUGUAGCAAGUGUCCUUCGUUGACCUUGAUUGUCGAGUUCUGACUUGACUAGGGUCCUGUCGAAGAUCUGAAUAACGGGACACAGUUUGUUUAAAUUGUUUGCCCGCCUUGAGCUCUCUUAUAUCCAUACAAUCAGUUUAAAUCGACUCACUGAAUAUACAAGCUUAACUUAGUGUUUGGAAACAGUUCUUCAGCUUACAAAUUACCCUUGAAGUUAUUCAUUCGGCAGCUGCUUUAAACUCGCCCUAUUUCCAAAAUCAACGUGAUCUUCGGAUUAUUCAGUUAUAGGAUUAUAGUUUAUCACGAUUUAGCUUAAAACUAUUUCUCUUCGGUUACUUCUUGAAUCGCAUUUUGAAUUUUUUUUGUCGGUUUGAGACAAAAAGUCGCAGUCGAUUUUUGAGCAAUUCUUUAUUUUGUUUGUCAAGUCUGCAAUUUUUUCUAAAGUUAUACAUACUUCGGAGUUGAAUCAUGACUGUGAAUCAGUACGUGGAUGGUUUGAGGACCUCGGGGCAACCAUUCGACGCCGAGUCAGCAAACUCAAACUACUCAAACGAGGGAGUGUUGCCGGCAUGCCAUGGUGAGUCUCGAGACGAACUGCGGCCCGAGUCCAAUCCGAGCGACUCCUCUUUGGAUUAUGGAGUGGAUGCAAUCAGAGCAGCAGACUACGCUGGAGGUGACGUGGAUGUGUCGUGCCUGGACAACCAGGGUCCCAAGGCUGGAUCUGGCUGGACAGAAGGGCCGCAUGAUUCUGUAGCCGAGGAUUCAUCUAAAUGUUCACACCACUGGAGGCGGAGCGUCGGAAACGCCACGAGACAGGAUGUGGGUCCAGGCCACGACAACGUGACCAAACGACCUCGCAAUCUCACUUCGUUCAGUGAGUCGCAAUGUGGACGCGACGAAUUCGCGACGAUCAUGAAAGAGGUUGGCGAACUAGGCCCAUGGCAAUGGUUUAUUGCGUUUUUCAAUAUGCUGAUGACAAUAACCGCCGGAAUCCAAAACAAUUCGUACCCCAUGUUGGUGGGAAGUAGUAACAACUGGGCAUAUGGGUGCAAAUUGAAAGAUGAUUCGAAUUUCACUCUGAAUUCUGACUUACAAUCCUGUGAGAUUGUACUGGCUGAUUCGGAGCAACCAAUCAAGUGUUCCGAAUCAGACAGUCAUGAGAUGGUGUACCAGCACGAACACUUCGAUAAUGCUCUGCUGACCGAGUUCCACCUGAUGUGCGGAUACGCGAACUUCCUAGUCCCUCUCGUCCACUCGGCGUUUACUAUCGGCUGUUUCUUCGGCGUCUUUCUGUUCGGCUGGUUGGGUGACUGGGUCGGACGGAAGAAGGCACUGUGUGUUGGAGUUCCCAUCAUGAUCGUUCUCAACUUCUCUCUCACAUUCUCUCCAAACAUUUACGUCUUUCUAGCUGUCAGACUGUUGCAAGGUGUCGUGGUCUUUGGAACAUUCACGGUGGCUUACGUGAUUUCGAUGGAAACGACUGCUCCCUCGCGACGAGCCAUGAUUGGCAACGUCGUCCACAUUCCAUGGGGCCUACAGUUCAUCACGGUGGCGCUGAUUGCCAUGUGGCUGAAACACUGGCGCUACCAGCAGAUCGUCUACUCCAUUCCCUCUCUUUUAUGCCUCGUUUGCGUCACUCCUCUCCUUUCCGAGUCUCCCAGAUGGCUGGCAAUUAACGGAAAGAUAGAAGAGGCAACCCAGGUUCUGCUUCGUGGAGCAAAAUGGAAUGGGAAAAAGGUGUCCGAGGAGUCGAUUCGGGAACGCCUGGAGUCGUUUCACAGACGCGCUUCUGAAGAUGCACAUAAGCAGCCAAGUAAUCUGAAGCUGGCAAUGGGUCUGGUCAAGACUCCGGAAAUGAGACGUCGUUUUCUGUUCUCAGCAGUAAUUUGGUUCCAAGGAGCGUUCACAAACCACGGCAUAAAUUUCUAUGCACCGCAAUUGGCAGAGGACCCCUAUCUGGCCUAUUGUCUUGUCGGAUUCUUUGAAUUCAUUUCUCCUGUCAUCGGGGCCAUCGUGUUCACCUACGGUCGUAGGCUUCCCCUCAUCUUCUUGUUUGCUGUGUGUGGCUUUAUUUCGUACAACAUAAUAACGGUGAUGAAGGUGUGGCCUGACAACAACGAGUUCCAACUGCUGGCCAUGCUGCUCUUCGCAACGUUCCUGUCGGACAUGGCGUUCAACGGUAUCUACGUGCACGUGUCGGAGUUCAUGCCUACUACCCACCGAAGUAUUGGGCUGGGAAGUUGCUCAGCUGUCGCUCGAAUCGGAUCUUCUCUGUCGUCAAUCCUUGUGAGCACCGCUAGCUCCUACCCAUAUCUACCACCGGUCAUUUUCGGAACUCUCUCUCUGGCUGGAAGUUUCUGCACCUACAUGUUGCCCUCGACUGAGAACCAAGAACUACCUGAGACCAUCGAAGAUGUGGAGGAGCACGGACGAGAGAGACGCAGAGGUCUUACUUGGCUGUCGCAGAACUCGAUUGCCAAGUUCAAAGCCAACACCACCUCUGGAGUGAGCGACCAUGUGGCGUCUUCAUGCAACCACUGUGACAAACGCAUGAAACGAAACACGGUGUCGAGUGGGUUGUGCGAUGAGGCAAUGAUUCAGAAUGUAACAUGUGUCUAGAAAAUUGGAUAUUGGCGAACUUACAGAGAGACAAUGUGAUAAAGCAACAGCAACACAGAAGUUGCAAAAAAUGUGAUAAAUAAUAACUGAAAUUGAUGAGUAUAGUAUUUCUUUAUAUUUAAAUGUGCAUACUUAAAAUCUUUGAAUCAAACUUAUUUUUCGAAGAAUUGGUCGUAUCAUAUGUUAAUAAUUUCUCUAUACUGGAUUGUGAAACUGUUUUUUGUUCGAUCCUCUGUUUGUACAUCAUUAAUUAGCUUACGCUUGGUUGAUGAAAUUGAAUGUCAAUACAAUCAAUUCAGUCUUAUUUUUACAUCA